CUGAUCAUUUCCCUUAAUCCAGUCUACUGCAGUCUCUCGUCUCUCUGCUGUGUCCAUGGCGCGCCUCCUCCGGCCGCUGCAGCUGCCUCACGGAGCGUAUCUGCCGGCCACUGCCAUCUUCGCGCGCGCGUGCUUCGCGACUGCUCGCGCGUCGUCGCUGUCUCGAACCCUCUCGCUAGUCGAGCCUCCCGCGCUUCGCCCGCUCUCAACACCUCGACGACCAUCAACAGCAGGAGCAGCGUGCAUCGUGCCGGCAUGUGCGUCCCAAGGGACGGCUGCAGCCGCUAGUAGCGGCAGUCAAGGACCGUCUCGCCUCAGCUGCGGAGACGCCAACUCCCUGUAUGCAUCUCCCUCGUUGAAGCCGCUCGAUAGAGUUCGGCUAUCCGGAGGAAGCAGCAGCAUCGCGCUGUUUGCAGCGGAUCGAGGAGAGAGCGGCGGCGCGGUUGUAGCGCGUUGUGGGACGAGCUACAGCCGUCCCUGCUGGCACGAAGGGCAGGGACGGGCGGCAGGGGAGUCGAGACGGGGAGUGGGGUCUGUCGCGACGUCCGCGGUGGUGCAGCGGGAGCAGGAGGGGGAGGUGGCGCAAGUGGAGAGGGGGGCGGAGAGGGCCGCGGAGGAUGGGGGAAGUGGUUGGGUGGGGUCGACAGGUGAUUGCGAGAGAGGCGAGGACGGUGGUAUUGAUGCCACUGAGGCAGCGGUGCUGGCGGCGCUGGAGCAAGGGCUGGGGGGGCCUCUGAGCAGAGAGGCGGUUGUGCCGGCGCCACAGCCGCUGGUGGUGGUGAUCAGCGGGCCCAGUGGCGUGGGGAAAGACGCCGUCAUCAAGUGCCUGCAGGAAGCUCGCCCCGAUGUGCACUUCGUGGUGACAGCCACGUCACGGCAGCGCAGAGCAGGCGAAGUGGACGGGGUGGACUACAUCUUCGUGUCGCGCGAGGAGUUUGAGGCCAUGCGGGACACGGGGGAGCUGCUGGAGCACGCUGUCGUGUACGGCGACUACAAGGGCAUUCCCAAGAAACAGGUCCGAGACUCACUAGCCCGCGGCACGGACGUGGUGCUACGAAUAGACGUGCAGGGAGCCGCCACCAUGCGCACCCUCCUCGGGUCGUCCGCCAUCUUUGUCUUCCUCGUGGCCGAGACAGAGCACGCCUUGGUGCAGCGCCUGGUGCGCCGGAAGAGUGAGCCUUUGGAGAAGCUGCUCGUGCGCGUGGGCACGGCCCGCGAGGAGCUGGCACGGCGGGCAGAGUUUGACUACGUGGUGGUGAAUGCCGAGGGGCAGCUGGAGACCACGGUGGCCGCGCUUUGUUCUAUUAUUGAUGCCGAGAAGCUCAGAGCCCACCGGCCGGCCUUGCUCGAGCUGUGACUGACUGUAUGUGGUGGUGGUGGUGGCUGUAUGAUGCUGGUCUGGUGAGAGGGGGGCUAGCUUUUUGUUGCUUGUUAUGGAUGCGGGCAGCUGGCCAAUGUGAGCGAUCCAGUUCAGUUGCCAAGUUUAGUUUGGCGACUCCAUAAAAGGCAUGUCACCUUUGUUCUGUAGGUUCGAUAUGCGAGGUGCGUGUUUCACUCCAGGAAUAUAUACCACGCAAAAGA